AUCAUUAUCAUGUAUAUCAGAUCAUCCGACAAGGUCUAAAGUGAAAUGAAGUCAGCAGUUUCAUCGUCACUCUUCAAUUCCAAGAUUCUUUUAAACCCUAAUCAUCUCUUUCGCUUCUUCUCUCUCAAAUCCAGUUUCCUCCCUAAACUAUCUCCGAGAUCGAUCACUAAUCACACCGUAAAACUCCCAUCUUCGUCAACCUCAGCUCGAAGAUCCAUCUCCUCCUCCAUGGCUUCCUCUUUCAAUCCCGAACAAGCCAGAGUUCCCUCUGCUCUUCCCCUCCCUGCUCCUCCGUUGACUAAAUUCAAUAUCGGAUUGUGCCAGCUAUCUGUGAGCGCUGACAAGAAGAGAAACAUCUCUCACGCUAAGAAAGCUAUCGAAGAAGCUGCUUCCAAGGGAGCUAAGCUUGUUCUCUUACCUGAAAUUUGGAACAGUCCGUAUUCCAAUGAUAGUUUUCCAGUUUAUGCGGAGGACAUUGAUGCGGGUGGUGAUGCUUCUCCUUCAACUGCAAUGCUUUCUGAAGUUUCCAAACGUCUUAAGAUUACUAUUAUUGGUGGCUCUAUACCAGAAAGAGUUGGGGAUCGUUUGUAUAACACUUGCUGCGUCUUUGGUACCGAUGGAGAGUUGAAAGCUAAGCAUCGAAAGAUACAUUUAUUUGAUAUAGACAUUCCCGGGAAGAUUACAUUUAUGGAAUCAAAAACGCUUACUGCUGGAGAGACACCAACAAUCGUUGAUACAGAUGUAGGUCGUAUUGGUAUAGGCAUCUGUUAUGAUAUCCGUUUCCAGGAGUUGGCUAUGAUAUAUGCUGCAAGAGGGGCUCAUUUGCUGUGUUACCCGGGAGCCUUUAACACGACAACUGGACCAUUGCAUUGGGAAUUACUACAAAGGGCAAGGGCUACGGAUAAUCAGUUAUAUGUGGCGACAUGCUCACCUGCCAGAGAUUCAGGAGCUGGCUACACUGCAUGGGGCCACUCUACACUCGUGGGGCCUUUUGGAGAAGUACUUGCGACGACUGAGCAUGAGGAGGACAUUAUCAUAGCAGAGAUUGAUUAUUCUAUCCUUGAACAACGAAGGACAAGCCUUCCAUUAAAUAAGCAGCGGAGGGGAGAUCUUUACCAGCUUGUAGACAUACAGCGGUUGAACUCCAAAUGAAUGCAGCAGAAACUGUAUAUCUGAAUGCUCUGUUUCUAAGAGAUGUGCGAGCUGUGCACAACUUCUUGAUCAGUCAUUUCUCUGCAAGAUACACGAAUCUCGGUCUUUGGGUGAAAUUGAAUAAAAAAAGUAAAUUCUGUUUUAAGAUAAUGUCAAACUCCACCCCACUUGCCAUGUGUUGGUUGUUUAUAAACUUCAAUGCAUUGUGGUCAUUAUGUAGACUUGUGAUUCACAAUCCAAAAUAGCAUUUGACUUUUAUCACAAUA